ACAGGAGUACACGGUCUAAUAUGUACUAAGGUGAAUACAGAAGCCAGAACUCAGUCAACACACAGUACUCAGGAGGGAUCGAUGUCAAUUUACAGGAGACUUUGCAAGUAGAGUCUAAAAUACAAGCAGUACAUAGUGUGGGUGAGUGACUCUGUUUUCUUGCGGGUUAACCAGCAGCACCCAUUUCCUUGAAAUUGCCUCACACCGUCUCUGAUUUCCCUCCUGUUCACUCCCCUUCCUACACGUGCUUCCUGUUUGGGACCCACAUACCUCAAAGUAGGAUCAUCCUCAGGGCCUUAGCAGAGGCCAUUCCCUCAGCCAGCACACACUUCCCCAGAGAUGCUCGUGGCUCCUGCCUUCCUUUCCCUGAGGUCUCCGUUCAGAUGUCGCCUUGUUCACUGUUCUUGACUGAACACCAAUUACAAAAUAACACUUGUAUCCACACUCUGCUUACACCUACUCUUGUUCCCUUCACAGCACUUGACACCCUCUGAUGUCCUAUUGAUAUUUUGAUUUCCUUCUGUUCAUUCUCCAUCACUGGAUUAUACUGGCUUUUGAUUUUCCCAGACUCAUUGCCUCGACAAUGCCUGGAAUAUGUUUGACGCUCACUACAACUUCUUGACAGCAAAAUACAAAUCAUACCAUUGCAACAAUGUGAGUGACACUGUUCAGGUGAAAAUUAAUGAUGUCUCCCAUCGUCUUUCCUCGUGGUCAGUGCAACCUCAUGGAACCAGGAAAUGAUACACGGACAUCAGAAUUUCUGCUUCUGGGAUUUUCAGAGGGUCCAGAACAGCAACCCCUCGUAUUUGGGCUUUUCCUCUCCAUGUACCUGAUCACUGUGUUUGGGAACCUGCUCAUCCUCCUGGCCGUCAGCUCUGACUCCCGCCUCCACACCCCCAUGUACUUCUUCCUGGCCAACCUGUCCUUUGUAGACAUCUGCAUCACUUCCACCACCGUCCCGAAGAUGCUCUGGAACAUCCAGACCCAGAGCAAAGUCAUAACCUAUGAGGACUGCAUCACACAGGUGAACUUUUUCAUAAUCUUUUCAGGAUUGGACAUCUGCCUCCUGGCCAUUAUGGUCUAUGACAGGUUUGUGGCCAUCUGUCACCCCCUGCAAUACACGGUCAUCAUGAGCCCCCGGCUCUGUGCACUGCUGGUCCUGGUGUCCUGGAUCACGAGUGUCCUGCAUUCCUUGUUGCAAACUUCAAUGGUGUUGCGGCUGUCCUUCUGUACAGUCUUGGAAAUCCCCCAUUUUUCCUGUGAACUCAAUCAGAUGAUCCAACUUGCCUGUUCUGACACCUUUCUUAAUAACUUGGUGAUGUAUUUUGCAGCUAUCCUAGUGGGUGGUGGUCCUUUCGUUGGGAUCCUUUACUCUUACUCUAAGAUAGUUUCCUCCAUACGUGGGAUCUCAUCAGCUCAGGGCAAGUAUAAGGCAUUUUCCACCUGUGCAUCUCACCUCUCGGUUGUCUCCUUAUUUUAUUGUACGGGCCUCGGAGUGUACCUGAGCUCUGCUGCUACCCAGAGCUCCCACUCAAGUGCCACAGCCUCGGUGAUGUACACGGUGGUCACGCCCAUGCUGAACCCCUUCAUCUACAGCCUGAGGAACAAAGACAUAAAGAAGGCUCUGAGGAGAUUCUCUGCGAUGGCAGUUAGAAAAGGUCCAAUUGUCCUGUGGUUGAAGAAUUUACCAGGAUUGCAAGCCUCAAAGUCUUAGCGUCAGAAAUUGCGUUUUGUUUUUUUAAGCAGAUUGUAGACAUAGAGUUUGUGUCUCUCAUUUAUUUCCCAGAAUUUUUAUUUUUUCAACCACUCAGUACAAUUUAGUUCCUCAUUUUAUUAAGUUUUUCCCUCUCUGUGUUCCAACCUUUUUCCCUUCAUCUUUUUCUUUUAUUUCUAAAUUGAUUCGCAAGCUGUGAUAUGAGAAAAUUAGGAGUUCUCAUUUGUCUCAUGGAACUGCCUGGAUUUCUUAAGAAUAAUUUCUUCACAGGGGCACCUGGGUGGCUCAGUUG